AUGCGGCUCUGGGGCGUCUGGGCAGCGGCUAAAAGCAUUAACCACACUGACAGCCCAACAACCGACAAGCUGGUAACACACACGAAUCCAAAUAGAAGGACUCAGGAGCCAGAACACCCCAUGGCCACACUCACACAUGCACUUGACUGCAUCGGCGGUCCAAAGCUGGUGACACGCUUCUACAUCGGCGACAACAUGCUGCCACAGGAGCAAAGGGAGCCAAAGGACCAAAAGGACCAGAAUCAGCAGAAUGAACAGAAGGAGCAACAGCAUCCGGAUCGGGAUUGCCAUUGCCUGCCCGAAAGCAAAAUGUUUUUACACUUAAAGACAAAACCAGAGAUUCGCACCCGAACACACAGCUUUCAUCUUGUCUCCGAAGUGGGCGGCAAUGGUGGAGUGGGAGUGGGAGUGGGCGUGGUCCUGUCAACGACAGGUUACGGGUUAAAUGCCAGCAACAUGGCCAACAUGCCCAACAUGGUCGCAACCGAGCGCGGUGGCAGUGGCAAGCGCCAGCAACAACAGCAAAAGCAGCAACAACAGCAACAGCGACAGCAACAGCGUCAGCGGGCUGGCAACUGCAUUUUCAUAAAGUGCAGCUCAUAA